GAGACAGCUCACUUUUGAACACUUCCUCUAAAUGCAUCUGGAGUUGAGGAAUCAUGGGAGCAUUUGGCAGAGCGCUACUCAUCACCGCCUGUCUUUAUUUCUGUAUAUGCAUUGGAGAACCGGACAUGUGCCCACCGCGUGAAUGCCUAAACUGCAAUAAUACAGUGACCUGCCCACGGUGUUCUUCCAAUUCGAGCAAUUGCACCAGUGAUUGCAAGAGACAAGUGUUUAGCGUGACCUUGAAUAUCACUUCCCCCAUCACUGUGCGGGAGGGUGAUGACGUGACAAUGAUCUGCCAGCAUAACCUCACCAAAGGCAUAUUUUAUUCCAUCAGCUGGUUUCUGGACAAGAAUGUAGAGACUGUGAUUAACAAUGAAACACUGAAGAUCACGCGCAUAUUAAAAACAGUCAAUGUCACCUGUACAGUCAGAAGCGUUUGUGGAAACUUCAGCUCUAAUUUAAAUAUAAACAUACCUGAUGAUUCAAUGGUGAUUAUACUGGUAUGUGUCGGAGCAGCUGCUGGAAUUAUUAUCAUACUUGCAAUAGUCAUGAAGAUCAAGCUCAGGAGAGGACAAGUUCAGAGUCAGGAACGGAUGAGACAAAGACAGCAGAAUAUAGAGAACGUCCACGGUUAUGUAAAUACCAUCUCCGGCUACUAGUGAGAGUGAGUGUUCGUACCACUGAAAGCCCUCAGUUAGCCUAUUUACAUUUAAUUAGAUGUUUUUUUUCUAAAUUGACUUACAAAAUGAUGAACAUCAAAAUAUGUAAAUGAGGAACGAUAUCUGCAAGGGCUUGUCUUCAGCGGUUUCUUGAAUGUUGUGAAGGUCUCAGCAGAUCGGAUGGAGGUUGGAAGCUCAAUACACCACAGAGGAACAGAGAAAAUGAUCUGAAAAACAACUCCGGGGAGUGCACAGUAACUUUAGGCUGUUGACAUGAGUGUUCUGCAUGGCAUCACUGUCUUGUAUUCAUGUAUAUUAAAUACAGUGUAUGAUUAUCUCGUACUAAUGUAAUAUAUUGUAUAUGUAUUUGUAAUGCUGUCAACUUAACAUGUUAAUUCAGCAUUUAACUACGGAUCAUACAGAAAUUCCAUAAUGAGGAUUUAUCUACCAAUUGAGCCAUUUUAUACAUGUUAUUGCGGGUUGCAUUAAGCAGGGGGCAGUCAGCACAACUCCAGCUGUAAAUUGACAGCUUUUCAAAGACAACUCUGAAACUAUUUAACUGCAUUUAACUUCUUAAAAAUGUAGCAUUUAUGGCUGGAGACGAUGAAAACUAGUGAAAUGUGAUGCAACCACUGUGAGACGCUCCAGAAGGGUCUGUCUGAUGCAUAUGUCUUCCUCGGACAGACUGAUGAACUCAAUUGCAAAACUGAUUGCUUUGGACAGAAGGCCCGUUAUAAGCUUAUGUGCAAUGAUACAGAAAUAAAGCAAGCAAUACUAUACAGUAUAUAAACUUCUAGCCACUUUUUAUUGUUUUGACUCGUCUGCCACAGUGAUGUAAUGUCUUUCAAUUAUCAUUCAAUAAACAUAUUUAUUAUUAUAAUUCAUAAAGGUCUGUUUUGUACCACAGAAGAGAGAGACAUCCGUGUUUUGAACGUGCAUUUCUAAUCAAUUUAACUCCU